AUGACCCUUCAAGCUAGCACCGAAUCAGCAACGCCUAUUCUCAUCGAAACCGCAAAACAAUCUCCACAAAAACAACAGCUACGCAAGGACAGUGGUCAAGAAAAGAAAAAAAAGAAAUGGCUCCAAAUACGUGAUGCAUUGAAAUUGGCUCAUUUCAAAAUCGCCUUUCCAGAGGCUACGAAUAUUUUCUCACCAGGUAAAUUGCAACGAAGUCACUCACGUUCUCUUGUUUUGACCUCAUAG